ACCACCAAUCCCCCAAAUCACCAAUUCCCGCAGCUCGUCUUCCCCCAAAUUCGAAUCUCUCCCAGCGCAGCAGCAAGGUUUCCGGCGAUGUCGGGACGCGGCAAGGGCGGCAAGGGGCUCGGCAAGGGCGGCGCCAAGCGCCACCGGAAGGUCCUCCGCGACAACAUCCAGGGCAUCACCAAGCCGGCGAUCCGGAGGCUGGCGAGGAGGGGCGGCGUGAAGCGCAUCUCCGGCCUCAUCUACGAGGAGACCCGCGGCGUGCUCAAGAUCUUCCUCGAGAACGUCAUCCGCGACGCCGUCACCUACACCGAGCACGCCCGCCGCAAGACCGUCACCGCCAUGGACGUCGUCUACGCGCUCAAGCGCCAGGGCCGCACCCUCUACGGCUUCGGAGGCUAGAUUCGUGGGCGUCGGUGGCGUGGAAGUACUGCUGCGUCGUGGUCUCUGUGUGAUAAUGUUCUGUCGUAGUAGAUGGGACUUGCUCCUUCCUUAUGUUCGUCGUUGUGCUACGUCUGAUGUGUUCAGUUGGCUGUAAUACCUUGCUGUGUUCAAUGAAACAUGCCAGAUCCUGAAUCU